AAACUCUUCCCCGUAUGACAAAGCUGGCAAGCCAGCAACAAAUCAAAUACAGGGAGAAUGGGAUUCGAACCCACGGAGUGUUGAACGACAUCUUAAAGCAGCUAUUGACACAUCUCGCCGCUGCACAGUUCUCGCAGACACAGGCUAACGAAUAAGCAGGACAAAUGAACAUCUUGUCUCUGUACUUUGCAGCACAGUCCCUAGUUCCUACUACUUCGUGAAUCUUUUGACCAUCUGUGGCUUCCAUUUUCGCCUGUACAAUCGGGUCCCUCAACUCCAACGGCUUUAGUCUCAGCUCUGCAACACCCGCUACUCCGGUUUGACUUUAGCAAUCGCAGCGCUAGUUUCCUCAAUAUUCUUAUCGGUCCACUGUCAAGAAUUCAACUUCAAAUCCCCUGCUUCAGUUCUGGUACUGUAGGCCAGUGAUUGCUCUCCCCAAUCUCACAAGCCACCAACAACCGUACUGAAGCAAGAAUUACUGCCUCGCAAUGCAGGCCCUUCCAACAAUACUUCCUCCACCACCCUUGCCAGAUGAUUCUGAAGCACCCGCUCGAACACCUGAAAAGCAUGCCAAUCUAGUGAGAUUCCAAUCAGAGCUGGAGUUUAUUCAAUGCCUAGCACAUCCACAAUACCUUCACGAAUUACACAUACAAGGAUACCUUGGGAAGCCUGCUUUUUUGAAUUAUUUGAAAUAUCUCGAGUACUGGAGAGAACCACAAUAUGUUAGGUUCAUAAUAUAUCCCACAUGUUUGGUAUACUUGACGCUCCUGCAGACAGAGCUAUUUAGAUCAAGACUAGGAGACAUGGGGUUCAUUACCGAGUUGAUGCGAGUGGGAAGUCGACAUCAUGCUACUUGGCGGGUGGGGAAGCCUGCAGAAGAUAAACAGUCAGAAGAAAAACCGGCGGUAUCAAUGGCCCCGUUGGACGACGACGAAGAAGAAGAUGAACCAGAAAGAGGACAGGAAACAAAAGGAAAGCGGAAAAAGAAGAAAAGCAGGAGUGGCAAUGUUGGAGCCGGUCAAGCAUUAUGAGCUGGACAGAAUGAAUGUUUAGCUUAGAGAUAUACAGGUCUGCAUUGUACCUUAUGAUGGUUUGUAAUUCUAUUGAGUGUCCUUCGCGUCCAUCAUGCUCCAUCGUCCAACGGUGCCAACACCACUCAUACUGUCGACAGCCAACAAGUUGGCAACAGGCUUAUCUUUCCGACUCAGUGCUCGCAAGACAUCUUGUGCAAGCAGACCCCCGAGAAUAGCGAGCGUAGGAGGGAAGAAGUGAGUGGCGUGAGAAGCGAGAUGGGUCAGUAAAGAAGAGUCGACGGACGGGACGGCGGUAGAAUUGACUCCUAGAGCGGUGCGGAUGGAUUCGGCGGAGGAAGUGAGAGCAGAAAGGGAAGAUUCCUCAGCGGGGAGGUGGCCGUUCUGGGAUUCAUAUUCCCAAAGGGCUGUUUCUGGUCAGCAUUUGUAAUGCGAGUUUAGACUCUGGAUUGCUUCACCAGUGAUGCCAAGGAUAGUAGCAGGUGCUGCCGACCUUGUCGCAUUUCUGGAUAAUCCCUUGAAGGGACUACCACCGGGUUUAGCCCAGUUCGACCUGUCAAGCACAGUUGAAAAAGAAGGGUAGGAGAGCACUUUCUUUGAUAAUCCGUCUAUUGAGCUGCAUUUGGUCAGCAACCAUUAUACUAGGGAUUAUAUGGCACUCGACAUACUUGACAACGUAUUCAUAUGACUCGCCCAAGUCCGCAAAAACGUAUCCUGUGAAACCGUACGUUCCUGCAGCGUAGAACAAUGAACUGGCUUUUCUGGCAGCCGCAUCGAUCCUCUCCUACAGCCUUGUCAACAUACGUCGUACAAAUAUUCUUC